AUGCCAAGAAAGAAUCCACAGUACGACGAGACGGUGGCAGCAGCUGAAACCUACUCUCACAGUGAGGACGACGAUGAGGAAUAUGAUGAAGAGGAUUCCGUCAUUGAGGCAGAGGAGGUACCUUUUUGGAGGCAACACUUGCCUGCCAUUAUGAUUGCAAUUGUUGCGACUGUGGCUAGUCAUCUAUGGAAUCAAAGCCAACAGCAGCAAUCUACCCUCCUAAAAAUGCCAGAAUUAUCCACUCAGAAACAUCCUCAUGUCAACGAUUAUCGACGAAUGGCCAAUAUCAGUUUUUGUCCAAAUGAAAAAGUCACUGGCGGAAAAAAGUUCUUGAAACCCAUGGAAUUUUUCAUUCCCACCGAGUCUUAUGAUACCAUUGUCAAGUACUAUCAAGCGGAUGAUGUGGAAGAUGAUUUGUACGAACAGCUGCAAUACUCGGAAAAGCCUAUGGAUCCCAAUCUGGAAUGCUUGAAGAGUCAAAAAGGAUUAAAAUACAAGGGAACGAGCUUUUAUUAUCAGACCCCUGAAUUGAAAGAUAUUUAUCCAGAAUUGGAUGGUCCAAGUUCCAGCGAGAUGAGUCGCAAGCGACGACUUCAACAACCACCACUUGACUUUACUGGGUUUGCAGCCAAAUUUGUCAAUCUAUCUCCCAACCCAGUCUUGCUCAUUUGGGAUGGCAAGGGUGGCAACACCAAGAACAAUCGACUGGUUGGUGAAAUUCCACCGUUUGAAUCCUUGGGGACUGCCACUAUGCCUGGGCAUUCCUUUCAUGUGACACCCAUUUAUGACACUUCUACUGCCUUGCAACGGUGGGCGAUCACUUUGGACAAUGCGUUGGUAUACUAUGAACCCAACACGCCGGAAGAGCUUAAAAGCAAGUUGACUCCCGAACAGUACAUCAAGUACCAACGCCAAAUCAUCAAUAAGGCUUACGCACGAGACUAUCUGAUUUCCAGUAAGCGCACUUGGUUGGGCCACUUUCCCCCGCGUGCUCCACUGCACUUUAUGCACUCGGCCGAUUACAUUGGUCAACAACACAAAGUCGGGGACUUUUCCCUCAAGGUCUUGUCUGUCGCUCCGCGUGCCUUUUUGAUCGAAGAUUUUUUGUCACCAGAAGACUGCCAAGCAGUGAUCCAAUUAUCGCAAGAGCAAGGCCUAAAGCUUUCAACCUUGCACACGGGUGCUACUGCCAAGCAAACCCAAGACUUGUCGACACGAAGUUCCAGCAAUGCCUGGCUUCCGCGUGAUUCCAACGAAUUGACUGAGAGCAUCUAUAGCAAGGCUGCCCAAGUCAUGCAGCUCGACCCCGAGCUAUUCCAAAAAUAUCAUGAUUCGAGUGCCCAUCAUCAUUCCAUUGCCGAGUCUUUGCAAGUGGUGCGAUACAAGAAGAAUGGCGAGCAAUAUCAAAGUCACCAUGACUUUGUUUAUCCUUCCAUCAAUCAUCGGUAUCAGCCAAGUCGUUUUGCGACGCUUUUGAUUUACUUGAACGAUGUUCCAAAGGGCGGAGAAACUCGCAUCCCACGGGCCUUGAACAAUUAUAACUCCAAGGGAUUAGAAAUCCGGCCCAAAGCUGGACAAGCCGUAUUGUUUUACAACAUGCUAGAAGAUGGAAACAUGGACGACCUGUCCCAGCAUGGAAGCAACCCUACUGACGGCCAUGAAAAGUGGCUUGCAAAUUUGUGGGUAUGGAAUCCCAUUAUUGGAUAG